UGACUUUAGACAUUCGUGGGAAAAACAACGAAUCGGGCAUCACAGUUGCACUCGACGUACUUGGGAUGUUAGCUUUUCGUCUGGCCCUAACGACGUAUUAACUUCCACGAUGCUUUUUUUCAGUUUCUUCAAGACCCUCAUCGACCACGAGGUUACGGUCGAGCUCAAGAACGACAUACAGAUCCGAGGCACGCUUAAGAGCGUCGAUCAGUAUCUCAAUAUCAAACUUGACGAUAUACAAGUCGUCGAAGAGAUCAAGUACCCGCAUCUGAGCUCCGUCAAGAAUGUCUUCAUCCGAGGUUCGGUCGUAAGAUACGUCCACCUCCCCUCCAACGCUGUAGACAUCGCGCUACUAGAGGAUGCCACGAGAAGAGAGGCCGCCCAACAAGCCGGGAAAGGAAAAUGAGCAUAAUGUUCCUCGGAGAACGUAAAAUGGAGCAAGACUAGCAAGCAACGCUGUGACCUAGAGCUCUAGCCACUAGGAACCAGCAAGACGAGGGGAUCCACGACUAGGCCUUGAGAAAAAGAGACUAGUACUGCUAUUGUCGUUAUCGUGACGGAUAAUAAAAGGGCUUGAGCUUUUAGCAAAUUCGCUGAAAAUACAUGUGUGUCGUUACGAUACAUACAUUCCUAGGCGAUAGGCGUCGAUUCGUAUUAAUGAUCAAUCCGUCCUCACAUGAUACCCAUCAAUAAUUCUUCAUUGGUGUUCUAUGUCACUCCUGUAAAUCUGAAGUCCCAGUUGGCUGUGACUGAACGAGGUAUAUACCUGAGGCUAUCCAGCUUUCUCAGAUAUACAAAUUAGGUACACUUAUCCUAAAUCUAUCUAUCUCAUACAGACAGCCCAUGCAAAAGCAUAUCCUAAGUCCUCAAAGCCCC